CCCCACUUAUUUUCGAACUUUCACUCAGACCAGCUUGAUGGCCACUCAGACCAGUAUUCCGUCAAGUCUUACUGAUGCUGAUAAAACCAAUAUAUAUCAAACUCUUGAUAAUUUAUUGGGCUCAGAGAUAUUAUACUCUCUAUUGAAUGCUCUGCAUAGGCAUGUAUACUGGAAUUUUUUUUGUAACACUGUGGAAUGUCUUUACAAACAAACCUCAGCCUAUUGGACAAACUAUGGUCAUCCUUGUAAUCCUUGUUUAUAUUGCCACUACUAUGAACUUUGCCUUCUCUUGGUCUCACAGCCACUCUGUUUUUGUUAAUAAGGGACAAAAUCUUUGGACCAAAUAUCUGGCUUAUAGCACUUGGGGUACUACAUCAUUAGGGACAGCUAUCACCAGUACUAUUGCCAAUGUUCUGGCAGAACCUAUUAUGAUUUGGCGUUGUUGGAUAGUCUGGGGACAGCAGUGGUCAAUUAUCCUGCUUCCUAUUCUUCUUGUUGUUUCUGCAACUGGUAAGAUCAUCCAAAUCUUCUAUGGUGUCAAUUUCUCAAGAGUUCAAGUUGAUAUAGCACUCAAAGUUUUUGGUUUAUACAAAACAUCUCUUGCAGAGGAUUAUCCUCUUGGUUUAACACUUUAUGCAUCCUUCAUCUUUGCUUCAACCUUAUGGUGCACCUUGCUUAUCAUCUACCGCAUUGUCACUGUGGCACGAGCAGGAAGUCAUACAGGGAGAGGACUUCAAACCUAUCACCAUGUGAUGGAAGUUCUGAUUGAAUCAUAUGCUCUUUAUUCAAUAUCCUUGAUCUUAUAUACAAUCUUCCAUCAAGUCUUCUCUGUUCGCAACAAUGACACGUCAGAGUACUUUGAUUCUCUAGCAGCAGUUGCAAGAGGAAUUGCUCCAACACUUCUUGUUGGACGUGUUGCAGCAGGUCAUGCUCGCCCUGAUGACUCUUGGCAAGGAAGUGCUGUGACCUCACUUCACUUUGGGAGGCUUUUCAGAGAUCAAGGCUCUCAGCAGGAUUCAAUGACAAGAGGAGACCUUGAAUCCCAGCAGGAGAGAGAGGAUGACUAUAGCCAUCACAUCUUAGCUGACUCUCAGGGACAUGAUGUUGGCAUAGACUCAGAGACUGCCAAGGCUUGGAGAGAAAGAAGCAGUGGAUACAGAGGUAGUACUCUAAUGGACUUCCAGGAAGAUACUGACAUUGAGAGCAAUGUCAUAUGCAAGGAUAAUCACAGGGCCCAGGCAUUGGAGAGACCAGAAGGCGGUCAUUUUAAUAAUGGGAAUGUUGCUUGUGGAGAUGACCUCAAGACUCAGCCAAAUGGACAGGGGGAUGAUUCCUUGAACAUGACAUCCAUUGUAUCAAGAGAUGAAUAAAAACUAGAUGUAACAGAAUGUCAUUUGCAAUGGAACAUGAUUAUUUAACAGUAUCUCCACUUCUUUAAUCAUCUGUCAGCCAGGACUCAAGCAUGUCCAUUAGGCCCAUUAAACUCCUACUUGGAGCAUUAUAGGUAAUCAUUCCAAAUUGUUUCAUUGAUGUACAAGUGAUCCACAACUUUCACAUCUCUUCAAUACAGAAGUUACUUACUGAGUUUUUCCAUGAUUCAAAAUGUCACUAUUAACCUGGUUCUCUCAAGUUUUCUUGCAAAUGAUUACUUAAUAGAU